CUUCCAGAAGAUAAACUCAAAUCUUCCAUUUUCGAAGGUGGAACGCGCAUUAUCAAAGCAAAAACUAUUCUAAUACAAAACGUGCGAGUCCGGGUCCCACCCGUUGUUAUUGCAACCCCAGCGCCGUCUAUCAGCAGAUGGCGGGCCAGAUUUGCUAAAAGAAACAAGAACAAUCGUUUAAGCCUCAGCAUUUUAACUCCACACUGCGCUCAAUAGCAAGGGAAUCAAAAGGCAAGCCCAAGCCAAGCCCUCCACCUCCCCCAUGGCUUCUCCCUUUUCCACUUCUCGCCCUUCUCCACCUUCACGUCGCUCUCCCCUCUUUACCCCUAUUUUGGAACAGGAGAAAGAGAGAGAGAACGAGGAGUUGGCGAUAAAAGGGGAAGAAGAGACAACGUCUUCCAAGCCCUACAAGCACCAACCUACACCUUUGCCGUCCUCCAAAUCGACGUCUCUCAAGAAGCCAUCCUCCACAUCCAACGGCGCGGCUGAAGGCGCCGGCGACGACCGCUCGGUUUCCUGCACCAACUGCCGGCCCUCUGCCCGGGAGAAGAUCUCUGUCGUCCCCCUCGACAUCAACGGCCUCAAGCAUCCUUCCUCCCUCAGCCCCGCCCCUGCCCGCCUCCUCCGCUCCCUCUUCCUCUCCCUUACCCACCGCAGCCCUCGCUCCCCCUCCGCCGCCGCCCCCUCCUCCUCCUCCGCCACCGCCGCUGACGAGUGGCGCCUCGCUGCGGAAGAUCUCUCCUGGAAGCUCCUCCACGCCACCCGGAAGCGCGACGAGGCCCUCCUCGAGUCCUCCCGUCUCAAGAGCUCCCUGUCCGAGCUGGAGCGCAAGCUAGGCCGGCUCGAGUCCUACUGCCACGACCUCCAGGCCGCCCUCGACCGCCGCUCCUCUCCCAAGCCGGUUGUAUCUCCGACUGGGUCCGCUUUCCCGGUCGAACCCUUCCUCCGGGCCGUCUCCGACGCACGCGUGGCGGUUCGCCGCCUGAGCCGCUCCCUCACCUCCCAGCUCCGGCCGGACCGGAGCACCGUCUUGCUACAGCCCCACGCAGCUGGUCAGUGGCGGCAGAAGCCGGGCGGCCUGCUCUUCUACAUGGAGGCCCUGCUGAACCGGAUGUUCUACGCGGGGUUCGAGGAGGGCGAUCCGGACGAGGCGGUCGACCCUGCGGCCCGGUGCGAUGCGAACCGGGCCGCCUACGAGGCAGUCCGGGGGCUCGGGUGGCACGAUGUUCUGAGUAAAGGAACCCGGUUCUAUAGCGAAGAAUUGAGCCGGUUUUGUGACCGGAAGAUGAGCGAGGUGGUGGGGAUGCUGGGGUGGGCCCGGGCGUGGCCGGAGGCUCUGCUCCAGGCGUUCUUCGGGGCGGCGAAGGGGACAUGGAUAGUGCGGCUUCUGGCUCGGUCCGUGCACCCGCCGGUGCCCAUACUGAGGGUGGACCGGGGGGUCCAGUUCGAUCCACGGUUCAUGGAGGACAUCACGACCGACCGGGUCACCCAGCUCGAACCGGUGAGCGUGAAGAUGAUGGUGGCCCCUGGGUUCCACGUGUACACCAGCGGCGUGGAGCUGGUCAAGUGUACGGUGCUGUGCGUGUACGGUGGCAGUCGUAAUGGUCACAGUAAUGAUGAUAGUAAGAGUGCUCGUAGUAACAAUGUUCUGCAGCAGAAGCGAGAGGUGAGGCAGGGGUGGGUUUGAUUAUUUUGUUUAUGAAGUUCUUAGAUGUGACGGGAAAUAAGAUAGAGGUUGUAUUUAUGAUAAGCUCUUUUGCCUUCA